AUGACUUCACAUCGAAACGAAAGUAAAGAGAUAGAGGAAGAAAAAGCAGGCGAGAGUGGUGGUUCAUCUUCCGGCACAAUUAGUGAAGGUGAUGACCUUGGAGAGAUAGUUGUACCGUCAACACCGAAGUCAAAAAUGAAGAAGAAAUUGGAUGAAAAGGUUUCUAAAGAUGAUGAAAACGUCAUGCAAACGCCACUCAGUAAACUUAAUCGAAUUCCGACACGUAAAAACGAAAAGCUAGCGGUAUUGUUAGAACAAAGUUUGAAGACCCAAUCGCAACAGCAGUCGCGAAAAAGAAAAAGUCUUCCAAUGACACGUGGAAGAGUACCACCCAGAAAAUCACGCAAUUCGCUACCAUCAUCACCAUCCGCCUCCAGUGUUGUUAAUGUUCCACGAACACGUUCCGCACGUGUUAAUUUAAACGAACGUUUUGCUAUGAUGGAUCGAUUAAAUGAGGAAACUAAUGCUUCUGCUGCUACUACAUCACCUGCAGCUGUGAGCAAAGAUAUAUCACUAGACAAAAGUAUCAUUGAGCGAUAUCGCAAACGCAUCGAAGCUGUCCGUCAUUCAGCACGUAAAAGUGAUAAAAAUGAAGUAUUUUAUGGUCGCUCCACAUCACGUCGUAACUUGUUUGAUGAUAGUAUUGAUGAGGAAGAUAGUGAAGGAGUGGCGACGCGUUCCACAACUUGUAUUCAGAAGAAUCGAAGCGGACGAUCAGUACAAACUAGCCAAAAAGUGUACAUGGCACAUGCAUUGCUUAAUGUUUACAACACAGACCCUCUGAAUCCACCGAAACUGCCAAAAGAUGCUCCAUUCAAAUUACAUCGUCUCAUUCGUCCGGCAUCGAAAUCAGAUAAAAAGAGGCUGUUCAAGCUUAGGCUUCGAAUAGCUCGCGAAAAAUCAAGCUCAUCAUCUUCACUGAUUAGAAGUGGCACAUCGUGUGGGGUUCUUGAAGCUGCAAGUUCUUCAAAGGAAACGAAAACAAAAUCCGAAACAGUGGAAGAAAAUUCAUCGAGUGGGAGUGAAAAAUUUGGAGCCGUUAACAAGAAAGAAAUAUUAGAAAGUGGUAAUCCCGAAGAAACAAUGGAUGUUUCCAGGGGUUCGUGUGUAAGAAAAUUAUCUAGAAGAUUAAGUGGGACACCAAAAUAUGCCGAAACUGAUUCGAGAUCUUCCAGCCAGUCGUCGAGGAAACAUUCCAGUAAAAAAGGAAGCAAGUCAUCAUGUUCUUUCAAUGGUGUGUCAUCGAAUAAAUCGAAAAUUUCGGAUAGCAACGGAUCUGUAAGCGAGAAGUCGUCAAAAAUUUCCACUGAAGCUAUGGAUGAUGUCUCUCAAACGGUAGUGAAUUCAUGUAUUAGUUCCGAUUCUGUUUCCGAGAAAUCUGAGUCAGCAGAUAUUAUAGGGGAUCAGAUGAGGAAGGCAAGUUACAAAGUUACGAUGGAUAAAAUAGAAAAUGAAGAUGAAACAGUAGAAAUUUUGAGUGGCAUUCCAUGUAAGAUGAAAGGAAAACAAGAUGAAAUGAAUGUAUCUUAAAGUUUAUUUUUCAUUUACGUUUCAGUUUGCGUAUACGGCAUUGAUAGAGACUCUUUUAUGUUUAAGACCAGAUAAUAUGCU